CUUUGUAUCGACCGGUGUGUGUACAUCACACAUUUAGUAAACUUCAUUCAUGUCGAACCGCGUUAGUCCUGAACUCGAAGACAUCAGCAACGUUAGCGACGCAACAUCCCCGCCGAACAGGAACACCGUCAUCGAGAGCGAUACAGCACAACUUAUGUCAUCGUCGGCACAAGUCCAUGCUAUAGAAAUGAGUUCCAGACCGAAAUCUGCAAAGAGCGAUGACUUUGUUAUCGGAGCGGAAGACAAUGAAGAAAGCCAAGGACCGUGCGGACUUCUCCUGACAGCGUUGUCCUAUUUUGUUGUCAUGAUCACGUUGCCUCUUUCACUGUGUGUCUGUAUCAAGGUUGUCCAAGAGUAUGAAAGAGCUGUGAUCUUCCGACUGGGUCGUCUAUUGUCUGGAGGAGCCAAGGGGCCAGGAAUAUUUUUUGUGCUGCCUUGCAUAGAACAGUACACCAAAGUGGAUUUAAGAACAAUAUCAUUUGACGUUCCCCCUCAAGAGGUGCUGACGCGAGACAGCGUGACAGUGUCAGUGGAUGCUGUUGUGUACUACAGAAUCUACAACCCAACCGUGUCAGUAGCCAAUGUUGAGAAUGCACCAAACUCCACACAGCUCCUGGCUCUACAGACAACCCUUCGUAAUGUUCUCGGCACGAAAAACUUGUCUGAGAUUCUGGCCGAGCGGGAACUAAUCAGCCACAGUAUGCAGUCUAUGCUGGAUGAGGCCACGGACAAAUGGGGGAUCAAGGUGGAAAGAGUGGAAAUUAAGGACGUCCGAUUGCCAGUCCAGCUCCAGAGAGCCAUGGCAGCCGAGGCUGAAGCUGCAAGAGAUGCCCGCGCCAAGGUGAUUGCUGCAGAGGGAGAACAAAAGGCAUCUCGGGCUCUUAAGGAAGCUGCAGACAUCAUGGUGGACUCGCCAGCAGCUCUUCAGCUCCGGUACCUCCAAACCCUCAGCUCGAUCUCAGCGGAGAAGAACUCGACCAUCAUAUUCCCCCUGCCGAUGGAUCUGCUGAAGAAUUUUAUAGCCAAAUGAUGCUGCAAUCUCCUGUCAACUGAUAUCAAAUCCCUCAUCCUAUUGGACACAAUUUCCUCAUAUUCAGGACUGUGAAGAUUGCUGGGAAUUGCCACCAUAUCUUUGUUGGAAUACACACAAUACUGUGUUCCAGGCUGAUAACUUGAAUUCUUCUUGGUCAAUAAGCACAAAGUAAAAUACAUAAACUUAACUUCAAUUUUGUUAGAAAUGUUUAAAAAUCUUUAUUUA